AUGUUUAUAAUUGCAGCAAUUUUAUGUGUUAAAGUUUUUGGAUAGUUGGGCUAUGAUGGUUAUACAGAAUGGCAAUCUGGAAUUGAUAGAACUAUCAAUAGACAAAACAAAUUUGUUGAACCUGUAUAUCCAUUGCAAAUGUUCACAAGAGUGUAAUUUCCAAGAUAAUUCAGCAGGUUAGAAUAAUUCUUAAUUAAAUAGACGCCCAUAAGUUUUAUUGAUGCAUGAAGAAAUAGAAUGGAAUAAAAAUAGAAAUAUCAAUUAUUAAACUUUUGUUUCAGAUGUGACUGUAAAAGGCUUUUAUAUAAACUAUUUAAUUAAUGGUCCAGCAAUCAUUCCAGUUUUAAGAGUAAGAUGGGUGGCAUUUGUAGAUUCAGAAGCAGAAGUGCAAUAUGUUAAUUAUCAAUUUGAAGAUUUAAUUAGAUUGAGAUAAGGUUUUGGAACUAGAUUUUAAGAUUUCAUGGUUCAAUAUUAUUUAAAAUAUCCAACACCAAGAGUUGUAGCAUUUAUUGUAGGAGCUGAAAUUGAAGUUUAUGAUUCAUUAACAACAACUAUAUAAAUUUAGUUAGGUAAACCUACAGGUAGUGCUACUCCUGUAAGAUUUUUGACAAGAGAUAGAUGUCAUAUUAAUACUCUUAGAAUAGCUUACUUUAUUUCUUCAGAUUAUUCUACUUUAAUGGGAACUUUGGGUAGUUCAGACAAUCAUUUUAAUUAAUUUUUGGAUAAUGAAAAUAGGAUGAAAUUAAGAGUACAAAGAUUUGAAAGAGAAGUUCCUUCUACUUUUAUUUUUGAAUCACAUUAGAAUGUAUUAGCUUAAGGAAUAACAGGAUUUGAUGUUCAUAGUAGAGCUGGUAAUUUCUACAUAAAAGUUGGAGGUGAAUAUGUUGAUAAGAAAUCAUCUACUUAUCAUUGUGCAUAUGGAACACGUAAUGAAAUAUAUUAAAUUUUAGGUGGGGAUACUGUGCUAUAAUAUAUGGAAGUCAGUUAUAUAUUACAUCCUCCAGCAUUACCUCCUUAUUAAAUGUUUGUUGAAGAAAAUGUCACAGAAAAUUAAGAAGAAUCUAAAAUAGAAGAAUAAUAACUGCUAGAUAAGUCAUUAAUACCUUGACAUUU